AUGGCUUGCAGGAGAAUGAAAGCUGUCCAAAAAUGGGCAGUUAAUCGAUGGAAGGAGGACCUCCGAUUAAAACUCACCUGUCGUUCAGCCUGGUGGAGCUGCAUCAAACAACAACAAGGAUUUUCCCCUGACGACUGCACCCCCCCUCUCAACAAGCCUGAUGGAUCAGCUGCAACCUCCAGCAGAGAGAAGGCUGACCUUCUGGCUUCGCUCUUCUCCGAAAAGAUGAGAGUCCAUGACCCUGACCGAUCUGCUCCUAGUCUGCCUCUCGUGACUCACUCGAAGCUGAGCUCUUUCGUGAUCACUGAAGCAGAAGUCAGGCAGCAUCUAAAUAAGGUUGAUGUCCAUAAGGCCAUAGGACCCGAUAAAAGAUCGGCUUCAGACCUACUUCUGCACCUAACUACAAUAUGGCACCAAGCUCUUGAUACUCGCAAGGACACCAUCGUUGUUGCACUCGAUAUAGCAGGAGCAUUUGAUAGCGUGUGGCACAAGGGCCUUGCAUCGAAGAUGAAGAGCUUUGGAAUUGACGGCAAUCUACUAAUGCUACUCGAGGAUUACUCCAAGAAAGGACAUUGA